AGGAGAAGAAGCUAAUAGGGUUGCUUGGGAUCAACCUAUACCUCAAGCAUAUAAUAACGAUAUUAACAUAUCAAAUUCUACUACAGAUGUUCUUCAUAUAGAAUCCCCGUCUUUAGAUAGAGAUAAAGUUCCAUUGCUAUGUAAUAAUAUUUCAGAAGAACCAAGUAAACAAACAAAAACAAAGAGAUCCAAAUCUAUUCGAAAAUCUAACUUGCCUAUUAUCACCAAAGACUUAACAGAAAAAAUAGAUGAAAAGCCUGCAUAUUCUAUUGAUACACAUGCUUGUUUUAGACGUGCUGUUGAAGAGG